AUGGCGCCAAACAAGAAAACAAUCCUUCUCUUCGGAGAUCAAACUGACUCCUGGGUGGAUGGAAUUGACCGGCUCUAUCAGGAUGCCGCCUCCAUCCCUUGGCUCCAAUCCUUUCUUGAUGACUUGACGCACACCUUCAAGACUCAUACAGUGGGUAUGGAUGCUGUCCUUCGAAACAGUCUAGGCGACUUUGCAAAUCUCCAGGAGCUCGCUGAGAAAUAUCGCUACACUACCGACGACGUAGGAAUGGCCCAAGCAUUCCUGAUCUACGCUGUCAGGGCAGGGAUACUCCUAAAAUGGGCAAAGUAUGAACCAAGCCUCUUGAGUACAGACGAAAAUCAACCUGAGUGGGUUGGUAUCUCUGGCGGUCUUAUCAGUCUUUCUGUCUUGGCUGUAGCUGAAACCUUUGAGAAAUUGUAUGAAGCAUGUCUCGAGGUCGCCGGUUUACUUGCCAGACUCUGUCGGUUCACCUCGGUCAAAUCCAGAAGUAUGGAAGAUCGCAGCGGUGCUUGGGGCUGGACUGUACUGGGCAUCGGGGCGAAUGAGCUUCGUAAUGCCCUAGAUCAGUAUCAGCAGAGUAUGUCGGCGGGAAGAACUGUCUCUGUUGCAGACGACCAUCCACCCAGUACGCCUCCAAAGCAACUUCCAGGACGUAUCGCUAUUGUGGGUAUGGCUGGAAGAGGCCCCGGUAGCGAUAACGUGGAGGAGUUUUGGAAUGUCAUCAUGUCUAAGCUCGAUCUCUGUGAGGAAAUCCCAGAAGAUCGCUUCAAUCUGUCAGAAUUCUACCGCUCUAAACACGACAGCGGAUGUACGACAACAACAAAGUUUGGAUGUUUUAUGGAUAAGCCGGGGCACUUUGACAACCGCUUCUUUCAUAUAUCACCUCGAGAAGCGCUUUUGAUGGACCCAGGCCAUCGACAGUUCUUGAUGACUACAUAUGAAGCUCUCGAAAUGGCUGGGUACUCAGACGGCGCAACAAGGGCUGUAGACCCAGCUAGGAUUGCCACCUUUUUUGGACAGUGCAACGAUGACUGGCAUGAUGUGAGCCACCAUACUCUUGGAUGCGACGCCUACACCCUGCAAGGUGUUCAACGUGCUUUUGGAGCUGGACGCAUUGCUUUCCAGUUCAAGUGGGAAGGCCCAACCUACUCACUCGACUCGGCUUGUGCUUCCACAGCAUCGUCCAUACAUCUCGCAUGUACCAGCCUUCUCGCCAAGGAAACAGAUAUGGCCGUCGCUGGAGCAGCCAACGUGGUUGGAUAUCCACAUUCAUGGACCAGCCUCAGCAAGUCCGGUGUAUUGUCCGACACGGGCAACUGCAAGACCUUCCGCGACGACGCUGAUGGCUAUUGCCGAGCCGACUUUGUUGGAACCGUUGUGCUCAAGCGCCUUGAAGAUGCCAUCGCACACAAUGACAAUAUCCUGGCAGUUGUAGCCGCAUCGGGAAGAAACCACUCUGGCAACUCUUCUUCCAUCACAACAUCUGAUGCCAAAGCUCAGGAAAAGUUGUAUCGAAAAAUGAUGCACAACGCAAGAGUAUCUCCAAACGAUAUAUCCUAUGUCGAGAUGCACGGCACUGGCACAAAAGUCGGUGAUCCAGCCGAGAUGGGUGCUUUGGCAAGCUUGUUUUCACACAGACGUACCCCGAAGCCUGUGGUGGUCGGAGGCGUCAAAGCAAACGUCGGACAUAGCGAAUCUGCUGCUGGAGUGGCUUCACUACUCAAGUGUAUCAUGAUGUUCCAGAAGAACAUUCUACCCCCGCAAGCGGGCAUGCCCCAUGCCCUGAACCCCAACUUUCCGCCUCUCUCUGAAAUCAAUAUCGAGAUACCAUCGGAACCGAGCACCUUUGAGUCACCAGUCUCUCAACCGAGGCGAAUCCUCCUCAACAAUUUUGAUGCAGCAGGUGGCAACGCUUGUAUCUUACUCGAGGACUUUGGCAACAAUAUGGUCAAGAAGAGCGAUCCACGAGUGCAUCAUACUGUGGUUACUUCCUCUAGAACACAGGCAUCGUAUCACGGUAACAAGGCCAAGCUCUUACAAUGGCUUCGUCAGAACCCAGGAGCAAGAAUCGAAGAUGUGGCCUAUACAACCACCGCCAGAAGGACCCAUCAUCCCAUACGCUUCGCUGUUACAGCAUCAUCAACUCAGGAGCUUAUCAGCAAGCUCGAGGCAGAUACCGCAGACAGCCCAGCCGCAAAAGAAUCCCCAGUUGUUUUUGUUUUCACAGGUCAGGGAUCUCAUUAUGCUGGUAUGGGUAGUGAGCUGUAUGAGACCAGUCCAGUCUUUCGAGAGACUGUGAAUCUCUGCGCAACUAUUUGUGAAGAACAGAACUUUCCCCCGUUUCUGGAUCUUAUCACUCAAAGCGAUAGUGAGAUGUCCGACAAGACUACUCUGGAGGUGCAACUCGCUGUUCUAACGCUAGAAAUUGGUCUUGCUGCCCUCUGGAGGUCUAUCGGCAUCCAGCCAUCCGUGGUCAUCGGUCAUUCGCUGGGAGAGUACGCCGCACUCCAUGUUUCUGGUGUUCUUUCCCUGGCCGAUGUCCUCUAUCUGGUCGGUCAGCGAGCACUUCUGAUCUUGCAGAGAUGUGAGGUAAACACAAGCGCCAUGCUUUCUGUUGCCAUGCCUGUCACAGACACUCAUGCCUUCCUCGAAGCACAGGCAGAUCCCUCCUGUGAGAUAGCCUGUGUCAACAGCACAAAUGCUUCGGUGAUCAGUGGAAGCAUAGAAAACAUCACCGAACUACAAGCAGGUCUAAAGGCACGGUCAAAGAUGCUUUCAGUACCUUACGGGUUCCACUCGUCCCAGAUGGAUCCUAUUCUGGCUGACUAUGCCGCCCUCGCCGGUGGUGUCACAUUUUCAGAACCAAAGAUCCCCGUUGCUUCAACAUUACUUGCAUCCUUGGUCGACACCUCUGGCACUUUCCACGCGGGUUACAUGGCACGACAAUGUCGACAGCCCGUCAAUUUUGUUGGCGCUCUUGAGGCAAUUCAAUCCAACUACUCGGAUCCUAUCUGGCUCGAAAUUGGACCUAGUCAGCAAGUUGUUGAACAUAUUUCCCCACCAAACAUGAAGGUUACCUUCCGAGCAUCACUUUCGGAUCCAGGAUUCAAAGCCUUGAUUGACGGCCAUAGGUUGAGAGAUAGGUCUGCUCGUUGGGAUAAGGUCUCAUACUUUAUCAGAUCCAGAGUGGAUGAGAUUGUCGCAUCGUCAAAGAGCGGGAUCAGCCACCGCCUCCAGCCUCAGAUCCUUUACGGCUUAUUUGCCAACACAGUUAAAUAUGAUGCCGCUUUCAAGUGUAUCCAAGAGGCAUAUAUAUCGAGCGACUUCCAAGAGGCUGCUGCGGUAAUUGUUCUCAACUCUGAUCCUGUGGGCACAAAGUUCGUAGCCUCGCCCUACUGGGGUGAAAGUCUUGUCCAUCUUGCUGGAUUCGUGGUCAAUUCGAACCCUAGCCGUCAGAGCCAUGACACGACGUUCAUGAUGGAUGGAUUUGAAAGCUUCGAACAGACGGUUAUCCCUGAGCCGGGAAAGCCAUACCAUACAUAUGUUCGUGUGACAGGGAAUGAGAGCGCUUCAGUCGUCUGCGACGUCUACAUUUUCGAUGACGACAAGCUGAUCAUGCAUUGUGCUGGCCUUCAUUUCCACGAGGUUGAGAAUGCUGUACUUGAUCAGCUUCUGGGAGGCACCAACACCAGCAACACCACCAGAGAUCAGCCUGCUCCUAUCAUGUCCCGGAAAGAAGUUCCAAAGCCAGUGGAUACCACUGAAAAGGUUGAGGCCGUCAGCAAUGACUCGCAGUCGGAUGCUCAUGUACUCGAUAGCAUUCUGAAGAUUAUUAGCAAGGAGACAGGAUCUGACUUGGCUGACUUCCAAGAUGACACGUUGAUUGCAGACCUUGGAGUCGAUUCUAUUAUGGCGAUCGAGAUUGCAAGCCAAGUUACUGAAGAAACUGGGAUGGACCUUCUUCCUUCCUUCAUCAUAGACUAUCCGGCUAUUGGAGACCUUCGUCGGGUAUUUGCACCCAAGUCUACGCACAUCUCACUCGACAACGACUUGUCAAGGCCAUCCCUGGUCGAUGACACUUCUCAGGCGCUGCAAAGCUCAGGCUCAGAGUCCUUUGACCAGCCACCAACAAGUGUGACAUCAACAUCGGACUCGGGUAGCAUUGUGAAGAUUGACCUUGGGCCUGAUGUUGACUCCCCAGCCCCCAAGAUCAAGAUCACCUUGCUUCAAGGACGUCCAGGCAAUGGAAGAACACCUUUCUAUCUCAUAGCUGAUGGGACGGGCACGAUAGCCACCUACAUCCAUUUGCCUCAGUUCAAAUCGCAGAUACCUAUUUACGGCAUUGACUCGCCGUUCCUCCGCUGCCCAACAAGGUUUACCACUGAUGUUGGAAUCACAGGAGCUGCGAGGUUCAUCACGGAAGCUUUGAUGAAGGCACAGCCGGAGGGCACCUUUGUACUUGGUGGGUUCUCUGGAGGUGCCAUGCUCGCAUACGAAGUUUGUCGUCAGCUGGCAGCCGCCAACCGGAAAGUGGACAGCCUUAUGCUCAUCGACAUGUGUUCCCCCCGUUCCAAGACCGUCGAGGAUAAGAACGAUAUCGGUUGGGCCAUCUUCGAGAGCAUAUCGCGACAGAAUGGCCUUUGGAGGUCAACAGACAUGACUCGACAACAUCUCCAAGCCAUAUUUGCUGCCGUUGCUACGUACCAUCCACAGCCUUUGAAGGCUAGCGAGCGACCGAAACGGACAGCGAUUAUCUGGGCCGAGAAGGGUAUGAUUGAUAGAUGUGCUGGAGACUCUGAGCUUAUGCAGAAGCUGGCUAAGCGAGGCAUCCCAACUGAGCCUUACCCUAAGUUUAUGGAAGAUUCUGAACUUGGCCCAGUUGCUUGGGGUCUUCCUCACAAGACCAAGAAUGACUUGGGGCCCAAUGGAUGGGAAAGGUAUGUUGGAGAUGCUCUCUGUUUGUCUAUGCCUGCGGAUCAUCUCGAGAUGCCUAUGCCUGGGCAUGUGCAUCUACUACACGAGAAGAUGACCCGAGCAUUUGAGUUCUUUAACGAGGCGGGGUAA